AUGAGUGUUCUAGAUUUUAGAGUGUCCUCACAAAAUAAAGAGCUCCAAAUGAAGCGUAUUUACCAUGUCGAAACUACAAGGUUUCCUGUUGGGAAAUAUCCAAAGGCAGAUGCUCAACUAAACGCAAAAAAUGGAAAAUUAUUUGUUGCAGUUGGAUCAAGCACAGAAUUACAUACAGCAACAUUUCAUCUAAUAGGAAAGAAAGCUAUUGACAUUAAAAGAUACCAUUAUAACGAUUCAAUUAUUGACGUUUCAGUUUGUAGUUCGAAAGAUUACUUUUAUUUUAUAGUUUCUCUCUCUAACUCUACUUGUUUUAUCAUGCAGCCAGACGGAAGAAUCAAUUUGAUAAAGCAAAAGGGGCUCACAAAGGCAUUAAUUUACAAAAAUUCUACAAAGAACAACCAAAUGUACGUGGCUCUCGGAACAUCAUCAGGAGGUGUUAUUCUCAUCUAUCCAAUACUAGGAGAAGAACCAUACGCUACAAUUUCUAAAAAAGCACCUGUAACUUCGUUACGUAGCUCCAACGAUGGCUCCAAGAUCAUUGCAGGCUUUUCAAAUGGAAAUGUAUCCGUUUUGGACGGAGAUUCUUUAGAAGAAUUAUGGAGUCGAACUUUUCCUUUCGGAUCAAUAAUCGAUGCAGUUACAUGUCCAAUUGAUAACUACAUAACAUUUUCCGCUCAAGACGAUAACGUUUACAUUUAUUCUACUAAAGAUGAUCAAAAAUUAAAAAUAGAAGGCCAUACUUCGUUUGUUAUCUCUAUUGAUCCAGAAAAGAAGUCAAAAAAUAACGAAUUCAUGCUUUCAAGUUCGGGUCUUGAUGGAAGAUUCGGACUUUGGAGAGCAAAAAUCAGCGAUCAGAAUAUUUCUCAAGAAAAACUGCAUCUUUCCAAUAUAAUUUCAACUCCUAUAAGGUUUGAGCGCUUUUAUCAUAACAUUCUGUUAACAAUCAAUGAUAAAGGCUCAAUAUCUGUUUAUAUUGCUCAUUAA